AUGAGUGUCACGGACCUGCUGUGCGAUGUCUCCUUCCAGGUAUACGUGGGCGUGCACGUGCUAGCGCUGCUGACGCUGCUCUUCAUCCCAGCGUCGCCUCGCCUGCUGCUGCUCGCCCUGCUCUCCUACGCCCUGCGCAUGCUCGGCAUCACCGCUGGUUACCACCGCCUGCUCUCCCACAGGUACCACUACGUGCCACCUCUCUCCCUGGCCGCGCUUCUCUUGGCGACUGGUGGCGUAGCUGCCUUUGGCUGGGGCUUCUGCGUGGCUACUGUUGUGUGCUGGCACUUCACCUACUGCAUCAACUCGUUGGCUCAUCUUGUGGGGUCGCGUCGGUUCCGAUGCGAGUUCAACACGCACUGCGAUGCGCGCAACAACCUUGCCCUCGCACUUGCUACUCUGGGCGAGGGCUGGCACAACAACCACCAUUGCUAUAUGCGCUCGGCCAAGCAUGGUUUCUACCCACAAGAGAUUGACAUCACAUGGUACAUACUAUGCUGCCUCCAGCGACUAGGCCUAGUGUGGGAUCUGCACCUGCCGCCACUGGAUGAGCUGGAAGCGAGGUGGUUUGACAACCGGCACCUGCAGUGCCGCUGCCACAGCGCCGAAAAGGACAUGCAUGAUACCAUCUCUUCAAGCACUCUCCUUGCGGCAGAUAUGUGCGCGGGGACAGAUGUGCUGCUGGGUGGGACACAUGGCAAGACCACUGCAGAUGGGCACAGCAGCAGGCCGUGCAGCCAUGGGGAGGAGGAUCAAGGACAGGCAUGGUAUGGCAUGGCAGGACAGGCAUGGUAUGGCAUGGCAGGACAGGCAUGGUAUGGCAUGGCAGGACAGGCAUGGUAUGGCAUGGCAGGACAGGCAUGGUAUGGCAUGGCAGGACAGGCAUGGUAUGGCAUGGCAGGACAGGCAUGGUAUGGCAUGGCAGGACAGGCAUGGUAUGGCAUGGCAGGACAGGCAUGGUAUGGCAUGGCAGGACAGGCAUGGUAUGGCAUGGCAGGACAGGCAUGGUAUGGCAUGGCAGGACAGGCAUGGUAUGGCAUGGCAGGACAGGCACGGCAUGGUAUGGCAUGGCAGGACAGGCAUGGUAUGGCAUGGCAGGACAGGCAUGGUAUGGCAUGGCAGGACAGGCACGGUAUGGCAUGGCAGGACAGGCAUGGUAUGGCAUGGCAGGACAGGCAUGGUAUGGCAUGGCAGGACAGGCAUGGUAUGGUAUGGCAGGACAGGCACGGUAUGGCAUGGCAGGACAGGCAUGGUAUGGCAUGGCAGGACAGGCAUGGUAUGGCAGGCAUGUGA